AUGGACCACCCGGUGCAGUCUUCAGGCACGGUCAACCCUGUAGCGCAUUGCUCACGCCGGCAAACGCCACCACCGGCGCCCGCCAAAGAGCGCAAUCGAAUUGGUGACUAUGAAUGCGACUUAUGCCAUCACCUGGUCAUCGGAGCCAAACGCUUGCUGUGCUGCAAGCUUAUUCCGCGCAAGCCCGCUCGCGACACGAUGUUGAAGCGAGAGAUUGGCGAUGACAACCAAGACGCCCACAAGCGAUUUCGAACUGCUGGUGAGUUCAGGCUAAACAUCCCGUUGUACACGUCUCCAUACACCGCCGAACCUACACCGCCGGCGCCUGGCUCUUUCAGAAAGAUCAAAGUCACUGGAUUCAAGACGGAGAAAAGACGACAGCUUCGAGACGCUACAUCAACUCAGCAAAUCGACGACAUGCUUCUGCACCUCACUUCGUCCAUUGCCAACCUCAAACUCGACCCGAAACCACAACACCAUCUUUUCAGCCUACCACAGGAGAUCCAAGACAUCAUCUUCGAUCUCGCAUACCCCAGCGUCCAAAACUUCAAUCCCACCACCCGCGCGCUAUGGGUAGAGAGAGAUGCGGCAACGGAGAGGCGAUUCUACCUACAUUCCACGACCGUUCCCGAAAGCCAAUGUCUGUGA